AUGGCAGAGAUAUCCAGUGAGCCCGUUUUGAAGGCGCUGCUUCACCAGGACUUCCUUCCAGCAGACUUCAAGACGCCCAUGGCUUGGAGCUCGGGGGUUGCUUCGCUGGAUUUCGGUGGGGCGGCGCCUGGCAGGGUGCUCGGAAGCGCUGAGAAUGCAGAGGAUGUGAGCAGAUCUGAGCACUGCUUGGGCCAAGGCCAGGCUGGCGGGUCGCCCGCAGGCUACAAGGCCUUGACCCGAUACGUCCAAAUCUUCGGCUCUGGCUUCUCCCAUCUUCUCACGCAUCUUCUCACCCUUUUCGAUAACUCAGAACAUGUAGGAAGAGAGCGAACCGGCGCCGAAGCUGUCCUCCCAGAGCCCGGCGGAUCAGUCACUGCUGCCGGCCAAGGCCUCGACAGAGAGCUCCCUUUGCUUCUUAGCCCCUUAGCCCCUGAGCCUCCUAGCCUCUUAGCCAGCAAGAUGAAAAGGCCUGCGCGCACAGCUGACCUCGUCGAUCACAUGCGCGUAUGGAAGUCUGACAGGGACGUAAAGAAGCGCCAGCGCGUCUCCGAGAGCAUGAAGUUCCUCCUUGCGCAGGAGGCCACGCAGACCAAGAAGGAGGAGGCCAAGACUGAGCUGGACGGACGCAGCUCUGCGCAGCCUGCGUACUCUGACCGGGAUGCCUUGGAACGGUCUGCCAACUUUACUCUUAACUUGAUGUGGAUCCUUUUUCUGCAAACUGCGCCCCUCUCAAGGCCUGCGCGCACAGCUGACCUCGUCGGUCACAUGCGCAUAUGGAAGUCUGACAGGGACGUAAAGAAGCGCCAGCGCGUCUCCGAGAGCAUGAAGUUCCUCCUUGCGCAGGAGGCCACGCAGACCAAGAAGGAGGCAAGGGCGAAGCGCAAGGAAGCCAUGAAGGACUGA